AGUCAACACCGCUGCGGUUUAAUCGAACAGUGAAGAAGAAUUACUUCCUACAUGCUGUUUCCAUGGCAAUCAGACAAUGGCGCCUGGAAACCAACCAAUCCUUUCGUCCAUUCCUCUGCAGGUCCUCCUCUACCUGAACAGCUGGUACUUCGCAGCUUUCUACGUGGCAGAGAUUCUCAUGUUCGUCUACAAAGGGCUUUCACUCCCGUACCCGUCAAAUAAUCUGGUCCUGGAUGUGGUGCUGCUGGUGAUCUUCCUCGGUCUGGAGACCCUCAGGAUCUUUUAUGGUUGGAAGGGGAACCUGUGUGAGCGCUCUCUGGCCCUGUGUGCGUCGCUCUUCAUCCUGUUUCCCUGUACGGCGCUGGCUGUUUACUACCUUCUGCUGCAGACCUUCGUCCUGCGGCUGGAGUUCAUCCUCAACGCCGUCCUGCUCUGCUUCUACAGCCUCGAGUUCCUGCUCGGACUCCUCUCCAUAUCUGCCUUCUCCAGGUCCAAAGUGUACUGACGAAGAAACACUGUGAGUUCACCUGAAACACAGAACAUGGAGACGGAUCAACAGUGUACUCUAAAAAAACCACUGUAAAUAUAAAACAUUGUGUUUUCCUAAAGGUGAUAAUUAAAUGUAAAUAUAGUUAUUAAUGACGCUAAAUAGUUUCUACUGUUGGUCCUGUACGAAAUGUUUGUUCUACCAAUGUUUCAACCCUGAGAUCAGGACAUUUCUGUAAAUAACUUCUGGUUCAUCACAGAUUAUUAUGAUGGACUUUUUUUUUACAAUAUUCAUUGUAAAUAAGACCCAAGUCGACGUGAACCAGUUUUUUUCUCAAUGGACCAGCAUCAGCUAUAUCACAUACUGUACAUUCACACCUAUAAUUUACAAAAAUUAAGAGAAAUUAGGGUGCGCAGGUUGUCUGCAGGUCUUAAAAAGUACAGUAUGUGUCUGCAGCUGUAAAGAGAACCAACACUGGUCUGGUUGUGACAGUGACUGAGCUGCAGGAGCCUCUUCAGUCCAACACUGUCACUGCUGCUGCCACAGCAGGAGGAGGAUCCGUAGCUCACAGUGGACAAGUCAAGGUUUUGGUUAUGCUGUGAAGUAGUGAGAAAUGUGACAUAAUAAUAAAUCAUUUUAGUCCAUAUCCAGGGUAAGUCUUAAAAAAACACUGAUUUAGGUUUCCUUAGAAAAAGGCCUACAAAAGUAUUAAAAAGUCUACAAUUUCAUUUACAAAGGUCUUAAAUAUUUUUUCUAACCUUCCACAGACUGUAAAAUGUUUGUCAGUACUGUUGUUGUGAUGACAAAAAGGGAAAUAA